CUAGGACCCAGCGGCGCCCGUCCCGCCGCCCGGCGUGGGCGGGGCCACGCAUCGUGACGUCACGUCGAGGCGGGGCCCGGCUCUCGGACAGACGGACGGACGGACGGCGGGCGGACGCACGGCGGGGAGCGGCCGCGCGGGCCCCGCGGCGGAGGAUGGCCCAGGGCCGCCGCGGCAGGUGACGGCGCGCGUGCCAGCAGCCCGAGAGCGCGGAGGGCGCGGUCGGGGGGACGUCCGCCUGCCGGCGGGUCGCCGCGCCGUCCGGGAUGGAGGCAGAAGGCUUGGACUGGCUUUUGGUCCCGCUGCACCGGCUGGUUUCCUGGGGGGCCGCCGGGGCCAUGGUCUUCGGAGGGGUGGUGCCGUACAUCCCGCAGUACAGGGACAUCCGGAGGACGCAGAAUGCCGAGGGCUUCUCCACCUACGUGUGUCUGGUGCUCCUGGUGGCCAACAUCUUACGGAUACUCUUCUGGUUCGGGAGGCGCUUCGAGGCGCCGCUGCUCUGGCAGAGCGCCGUCAUGAUCCUGGCCAUGCUGCUGAUGCUGCGGCUCUGCACCCGCGUCCGCGCCGCCGGCGAGCUGAGCCUGAAGCGCCGCGCCUUCGCAGCUGCAGAUAAUAAAGAUGAAAUCAGAGCCCCCCCCAGGCGGUCGUAUCUGGACUUCGACCCUCACCACUUCUGGCACUGGAGCAGCUUUGGGGACUACGUGCAGUGUGUCCUGGCCUUCACCGGCGUGGCGGGCUACGUCACCUACCUGUCCAUCGACUCGGCCCUUUUCGUGGAGACCCUGGGCUUCCUGGCCGUGCUGACUGAGGCCAUGCUGGGCGUGCCACAGCUCUACCGCAACCACCGGCACCAGUCCACGGAGGGCAUGAGCAUCAAGAUGGUCCUCAUGUGGACAAGCGGCGACACCUUCAAGACAGCCUACUUCCUGCUGAACGGCGCGCCCCUGCAGUUCUCAGUGUGUGGGCUGCUGCAGGUGCUGGUGGACCUGGCCAUCCUGGGGCAGGCCUACUUGUUCACCCACCGCCCCCUGAAGCCAGCCCCCCACACAGUGCACCCUGCCAGCACCAAGGCCCUCUGAGGCAGCCAGGAGGGUGGGGACGCAGGGCCUCUGGCUGUGGGCUCUGGCCUGGCCGCUUGUCUUCCCCAUGUGGGGCAAUGGGCAUUGUGGCCCCAAGACAGGGUCCCUGCCACUGGGGUCUCUUUCAGCCUCCGUGGCUCUCGGGGUUGCGGGGGCCCAGGUGCCGUGAUGCUGUGUUCUGUCACCCAGGACUCAUGCGAGCAGGUUUUCCCCCCCUGGGCUGGGCUGCCAUUGUUCUCCAGGGGACAGAAAGCAGGUCUCCUCUCCCACUUCGGCUCGAAACACCGCUGGAUGGAGGUAGGGUCACGUUCACAGCCCAGGAGGAGGCGGCCCUGGGCCCCGCAGGACUGAGGACCUCAGGAAACCUCCCCUUCUCAGCCCCUGUGGCCCUGACGUGGCUGGUGGGCCCAGGGGGCCUGCAGCUGGGCCGGGGAGCCCGGAGACGGGGGCGCGGAGGGCAGUAGUGAGAAGCGGCACCCGGAGAGCCUGACCCCCCGGUCCUCGGAUCCUGCCGUCUCAGACUGGCUGGGGUGACGCAUGGCAGGGUCGGGCCUGGGGUACGUGGGGACAAGGUGCUGAGGCACCAUGGGGCUGUGGUUGCCUCACCCUCGGAGGGGACCUUUCCAGGGCACCAGUGGCCUUGCUGCUUCACGGCCCCUCCUGGGCAAGGCUGCUGUGGAGCCAUGGCGUGCGGCUGGGGUCUGGCCAGCGUGAGCCCUGGGGUGUAGGGAGCGGGGCCUGGCCGGUGCAACAGCCCCCGGGGGCACCCAGGAAGGCCGAGAGCCAGGCUCCAGGGCUGGGCAGACCCGCUGGCCAUCUCCGCAGAGGGCCAUCCCCACAGGCGUCCCUUCCCUCUGGGAAUCGUGUGCUCGCAGACGUGGCCUUAGGUGUCCGUCUUCCAGGCCUGGAGGCGCCUGCGGGUCAGGGCAGGGGUCAGCGAGGCAGCGUCCCCCUUCCGGGCGGCCCUCCGCGUCUGCUGCGCCUGGCAGCGGUGGGGCCACUGCUCUGCCGUCGGUCUCCUGCAGUUUACACGAGCACCUCAGCUGUGCCCAGCAGCCCCGCGUCAGCUCCAGGCCCCACAGGGUGUUUUGGUGGCCACCGCAGCGCUCCUACAGGCCGUGCCCUUCCGCGGGGAGGAGGGGCGGCUCUGCACUCUCCACACUCCCUGGGGCUGGGCCAAAGCGCCGGCGUCUGCCGUGGCUGGUGGAAGGCACGUGAAGCUGUUUCCUGCUCCUGGGUUUUCCUCAAAAACUCCUGAAUGUUUGAGGAUCCUGCCUAGUCCUCUGGCUUGCAAGAUGCUUUGGAAAUGUUUAUUUUUAAAAAACGAAGGGAAAUGUCUGUAGCAGUCAUUGCCUCCAAAUUGAAACAUCGCGGUUGCAGCGGUGACCUGUGGGGGAGCACUGGCAGUUCUGUCAGGGUGACUUUCAUUCAAUAAACGGCUCGUGGAUCCAG